CCUGGUAACCGUCUUACAACAACAACAGUAAAAAAUUCAGAGGAUGUUAUGAAAUAAUUGUAACAUGUGGUCCAAAGAAAUUGAUGAAUUAGGGAUGAUAAAUCAGUCUGAAAAGGGCUCAACAUGUUCUCGCAUCUUCAAGAUCCUCCUUAUAACAUUCAUGGCAGGACUCUUGGUGGGCGGAAUAGCUGUCCUGGGUAUUGGUAUUUGGGCUCAUGAAUCAGAGUAUGGAAGCAAGGCAGUUGGUGGUCUCAUUGGAGUUGCACUGUACAGUAUAGACUCAACACUGUUUAUUGCAUGUGGAUCAGUCACAAUUUUCAUCAUGGCUGUAGGACUUGUUGGGUAUCUGCUACCACAGAAAUGUCUCCUGGGAUUACACUUAUGUGUUAUGACCUUCCUUGCGUUUACACUGUUUGCUGCUGGAAUCUUGGGCUAUGUGUUUGUAGGGGAGCUUGAAGACACUGUGCGAGGGUCAUUAAAGAAAAGUGUUACAGAAAACUAUGGUACACCAGGAAAAGAUUCAAUCACUAGGGCUUGGGAUGAUAUUCAACAAUCAUUUGAUUGUUGUGGAGCGUCUGGAGGAGCAAAUACAACAACAUCCUGGUACUUGUAUCAGCAUGAGAGUUUUUGGUUCAAGGAUGGCUAUAACAAGAAUGCAAGUGUGCCACAGAGUUGUUGUCAGAGUGAUGGAAAUGUACAGCAGUGUAUGGGUCUGCUUCUAAGUAAUGAGACCAAGUCCUGGCCACCAUACCAUGCUCCACCUGUCACAACUUACCCAACCAAUUAUACUUUAUACAUGGAGGGUUGUUAUGACAAACUGGAGAAGUAUCUAGAACAGAAUGGAAUACUGAUUGGAACUACUGCUGUGGUCAUUGGAGUGUUCAUGAUUAUUGAGAUCGCCAUGACAAUAUUUGUGUACCGCUCGCUUCAUUAGAACAGUUGCUAGGAUACCAAGAUCACCAUACUUGAUCAAAUUUCAAGUUUGUUUGUUCUUUUUAUAUACAUAGGAUUUAUUAUUUGAAUGUGUUUAAUUUAUAAUCAUCAGAGUUUGUUUUUUUUUUUUCCUUAGAAAUUGUGUUAAACAGCAGUAUGAAAAAAAAAAAUAGGAGGACUAAAACAUACUUUUUGAAUAGAGUUAAAAGUGUGUCGACUGUUUUAUUGUAUAACAGUUGUAAUUGUGAUAUACAUUGUGUCUAGAGUUUAAAACAUUAUUUGGUUCAUAGAACAAAUACUUGUAUGGUAAUAGUUAUGUAUUUCAAAUUUGUAAAAUGAAUACAGAAAAUUUUGCAGGCAAUUUAAAAUGCUGUUAGUCCUAUUUUCUGGGUAUUCUUAUUUUUUUUCUGUCUAAAUUUUUUUAUAUUCAGGUGUAGGGUAAUAUUUCAUAAAGAUCUGAAUAUUUUCAUUUUUUAAAAGAUCGUGUUUUUGUUGUUAUCAUUGUUAAUUUACACACACUUUAGACAAUUUAACGUUGGCUGUUUUGGGUAGUAAGCAGUCUAGGUAUUGCAGUUGGUAAGCAGAUCUGAUUUUUGAUAGUUUUGUAUUUUGAAGUGGUUUUUUUUAUUUAUUAACUACACUGAAUGCAUAUAUUUGCUGAAAAUUAUACCAACAUAGAUUCUAUCCAGUUUGUAUGAGGUCAUUCCUGUUAAUGUUUUGAAGAGUUUAAAUAUAAGCAAUGAGUUGAUUCAUUGUAACAACUUAGUGCAUAUGUUACAUGCUUGUGCUGAAAGUUGUUAAUAUUUUAUUUUUAAUUGAAUAUUUUCAGUCAUAAGAUAUACUCAUUCUAUAGGUGUAUGAUUGAUAUGACUUAUGAGUAAAUGAGAAAGUUAUAUUUAAGUUAUUUAACAUUUACCCUAAAAAAUUUUAAAAUGAACUGUUUCAUCAUUCAAUUUGGGCAGUACCACUUUUUAUUCAAAGGGGUGUUCACUGAAAAUUUACUGACUGAAUAGGGAAUAGUGCAGACCAUGAUCAGCCGGCACAGAUGUGCAGGCACUGGUCACAAAGGCAGAGUCUCUUGCUGCCACAAGGCUAAAGUAGACUGAGAUUCUGCAUGUUUUAAAGAUAUAUCAAGUUCAAGUUUUUAUGCCCCCGAAGGGAGGCAUAUAGUUUUUGAACCGUCUGUCAGUCUGUCCGCAAUUUUCGUGUCCGGUCCAUAUCUUUGUCAUCUAUGGAUGGAUUUUCAAAUAACUUGGCAUGAAUGUGUACCACAGUAAGACGACGUGUCACAUGCAAGACCCAGGUCCGUAGCUCAAAGGUCAAGGUCACACUUAGACGUUAAAGGUCAUUUUUCAUGAUAGUGCAUUCGUGUCUGGUCCUUAUCUUUGUCAUCCAUGGAUGGAUUUUUAGCUUGACUAUUCAUAGAAUAGUAGAGCUAUUGGACUCGCCCAUGCGUCAGCGUCCGCGUCGGCGUCCGCGUCCGCAUCGGCCUCCGCGUCCCGAUUUGGUUAAGUUUUUGUAUGUAAGCUGGUGUCUCAGCAACCACUUGUGGGAAUGGAUUGAAACUUCACACACUUAUUCACUGUGAUAAACUCACUUACAUUUUACAGGUUCCAUAACUCUGUUUUGCUUUUUUACAAAAUUAUGCCCCUUUUUUGAACUAAAAAUUUUUGGUAAAGGUUUUGUAUGUAAGCUGGUAUCUCAGUAACCACUUGUGGGAAUGGAUUGAAACUUCACACACUUAUUUACUGUGAUAAACUGACUUACAUUGCACAGGUUCCAUAACUCUAUUUUGCUUUUUUACAAAAUUAUGCCCCUUUUUCGACUUAGAAUUUUUUGGUUAAGGUUUUGUAUGUAAGCUGGUAUCUCAGUACUCACUAAUGGGAAUGGAUUGAAACUUCACACACUUGUUCACUGUCAUGAUCUGACAUGCACAAAGCAGGUCCCAUAACUUUAUUUUGCUUUUUUACAAAAUUAUGCCCCUUUUUCAGCAUAGAAAUUUUUGGUUAAGUUUUUGUAUGUAAGCUGGUAUCUCAGUAUCCACUAAUGGGAAAGGAUUGAAACUUCACACACUAGAUUGUCAUGAUAUGACAUGCAGUGCAAAGGGUCAAUAACUCAACUUUGCAUUUAACAAAAUUAUGCCCCUUUUUGAACUUAGGAGUUUUUGGGUUAAAUUCUUAUAUGUAAGCUGGUAUCUCAGUACCCACUAAUGGGAAUGGAUUGAAAUUUCAUAGACUUGUCCACUGUCUUGAGCUGAUAAGCACUAUGCAGGUUCCAUAACCCUAUUUUACUUUUUUACUAAAUUAUGCCCCUUUUUCGACUUUCUUAUUCAUUCAAGCGACAAGGCUGUUAAAUAGUCGAGCGUUGCUGUCCUCAGACAGCUCUUGUUAAAUAACUUGGCAUGAAUGUGAACCACAGUAAGACGACGUGUCGCACGCAAGACCCAGGUCCGUAGCUCAAAGGUCAAGGUCACACGGUCCAUAUCUUUGUCAUUCAUGCAUGGAUUUUAAAAUUAUUGGGCAUGAAUGUGUACCACAGUAAGACGACGUGUCGCGCGCAAGACCCAGGUCCGUAGGUCAAAGGUCCUAAACUCUAACAUCGGCCAUAACUAUUCAUUCAAAGUGCCAUCGGGGGCAUGUGUCAUCCUAUGGAGACAGCUCUUGUUUUAUUUGAAAAAUGAACAAUUACUCCACACUAUCUAUAUAAAGUUUGUAAACAUAAAGUAAACGUGUAUGUGUAUAAACAGCAUGGAUCCAGACCAGCCUGCACAUCCACGCAGUCUCGCCAGGAUCCAUACUGUUCGCUUUCAAACCCUAUUGCAAUUAGAGAAACUGUUAGCGAACAGUAUGGAUCCUGACCAGACAGCAUGGAUGCACAGGCUGGUCUGGAUCCAAGCUGGUCACAAAUGCACUAUGUUUGUUUUUUCAUGGUACGGCUCAUUUUUAUUAAGAAAACCAGGGUACAGUUUGUUAUAAAAGAAUCGUGUUCUAACAGAAAACCACUUGGAUAUUUUCUUUUAUUGAACACUUAAAUAACUCAUUUUUGAAGUUAAAAACUGUGUGUAUUAAAGUUAAAAGUUUGUGCGGGAAUUGCUUUUUGCUGUAAACAGAUAUUUUCAACAAAAUACACAUACUUAUUAAAAUCUCAGCCUGUAUAUCAAAUUCAAAAACUUUUAAAUCUACAACACUUUUAAAACACUGAUAAGUUGUAAGCAGUUACAGAGUAUACACAGAAGAUCAGGGUAGUAUGUGUAGGAAGUGUGAUAUAACAUAGUAUGCUGUCUAAAAGUGUGACUAAAACUGACUGAUACUCAUCAAAAAACCAUUUCAGUUUUAAAUACUUAUAUCUGUGAUAUUUUAUUUAGAGCAACCUUAUAAUAUUUUUUUUUUUGUAUUAUUUAAUAGUGCAUGGCCAAAACCACUGGUAUCAAGGGUUAAUUGAGAAACUAUUGUGCAAUUUUCAUUAGUUUCUUACAUAUACAAUUGUUUCAAAAUUUAACCUUUGACAAAUACCAAGAGAUUGGGUAUAUAUUAGGACUGGGAUGAUUACUCGGUUAAUCAGAUCCGAUUCGAUUACUAGGUGAAACCGGUUUCAGUUUUGCAAAACCGCUAAUCGCUCUCAAACAAUAAACAUCACGAAUUGUACUUUAUAUUUAUACAUUUCUUUGACCAGAACAUAGAUCCACAAUAUAUUUCCACUAUAACACAUCAACUUGAACAUAAUCAGUAGUCUCGGAUUUGCCUGUCUUGAUAUAUUUAAAAUAAAAUACACCAAAAUACGACUUAUUAAUUAUUACACUGCUUCCAAACGAUAAAGUCCAUAAGUUCCUAAUGAAGUCAGCUGCUGGAAGUACCUUUAUAAGGUCGUCAGGAAAGAAAACAGGAUUUCAAAUAUGAUGGCCGAUUAACCGGUUUGAUUCGAUUUCAUACAAAUGAUUAACCGGUUUCAAAAUUUAAAAAUCGUCCCAGCCCUAGUAUAUAUUUGUAUUUUAGUGAGUUAUUGUAUUACAGAGGACCAGUCACAUGUGUAGUUAAUUUCUGUGCUUCAGUGUAACCAAAGGAUAAAUUCCUACAUUUAAAAAUAAACAUUAAAAGUUAUUUAUACUUGUUGGUCCUGUUUAAUGUGAUGACUUGCAAAUAUAUGAAAUUAUAUGACAUAAGUACAUGUAUAAUUUAUGAAUCUGGCUGCCAACCAGUUCUUUAGUUCUCAGAUAUUUAUCAUACAUUUUUUGUUUGGGGGAGGGACAUAUAUAUAUAACCUAUAUUUUGAAUAAUGUUAUUUAUUUAUGGAUACAGAACAUUUUAAAUUUGAUUUUAUGGAUGGGUUUUAGUUAUGUUCAACUAAUUUUCAUAUAUAUUUAUUUAGCUGUUGGAAUAAAAAAAAAUGUUUAUAUGUUUUAUUUUAUGCUUGUUUAUUCCUGCCUUUUAGAUUUUUUUGCUAGAAUCUUUUAUUGCCUUAUUUUCUUGAACAAAAUUUACUUAACAAUUUUGAACAAAUGAAUACAUUUUGCAAUUGAAAAAUAUAAUUAGAAAAGAGUAUACUGUUUCCAGCUAAAUUAUCACCUUACUCUGACCUUAGUUCAUCAGAAAGGCAACUAUCAAAGCUGCUAAGAAUAUAUCUCCCAUUUUGUUUUUUAUUCUUUAUAUUUGGAUUUUACUGCUGAUGUUUUUGUUGUUACAUUUUUCUUUAUAAAUUGAGCCAUGCCAUAAGAAAACCAACAUAGUGCAUUUGUGACCAGCAUGGAUCCAGACCAGCCUGCACAUCCGCGCAGUCUGGUCAGAAUCCAUGGUGUUCACUUUCAAAGUCUAUUGCAAUUAGAGAAACUGUAAGCGAACAGCAUGGAUCCUGACCAGACUGUGCGGAUGCGCAGGGUGGUCUGGAUCCAUGCUGGUCGCAAAUGCACUAUGUUGGUUUUCUCAUGGCGUGGCUCAAUCGGCAAUUUGGCACACCAAUAUAAAAAUAUAGCCAAACAACUGCUAAGAAGAUAGAUCUGGUAUAGUUUGAUAUGACAGUUUUUAGCUCAUCUGAUUUUUUGAAAAAAAAUGAUGAGUUAUUGUCAUCACUUGAGCGGUUGUCGGCGUCGGCGUCGGUGUCGGCGUCGGCGUCGGCGUCUGCGUCGGCGUUGCCUGGUUAAGUUUUAUGUUUAGGUCAGCUUUUCUCCUAAACUAUCAAAGCUAUUGCUUUGAAACUUGGAAUACUUGUUCACCAUCAUAAGCUGACCCUGUAUAGCAAGAAACAUAACUCCAUCUUGCUUUUUGCAAGAUUUAUGGCCCCUUUUGUACUUAGAAAAUAUCAGAUUUCUUGGUUAAGUUUUAUGUUUAGGUCAACUUUUUUCCUAAACUAUCAAAGCUAUUGCUUUGAAACUUGGAAUACUUGUUCACCAUCAUAAGCAGACCCUGUACAUCAAGAAACAUAACUCCAUCUUCCUUUUUGCAAGAUUUAUUGCCCCUUUUGGACUUAGAAAAUCAGUUUUCUUGGUUAAGUUUUAUGUUUAGGUCAGCUUUUAUCCAAAACUAUCAAAGCUAUUGCUUUAAAACUUGCAACACUUGUUCACCAUCAUAAGUUGACCCUGUACAGCAAGAAACAUAACUCUGUCCUGCUGUUUGCAAGAUUUAUGGCCCCUUUUGGACUUAGAAAAUAUCAGAUUUCUUGGUUAAGUUUUAUGUUUAGGUCAACUUUUUCUCUUAAACUAUCAAAGCUAUUGCUUUGAAACUUGCAACACUUCUUCACCAUCAUAAGCUGACCCUGUACAGCAAGCAACAUAACUCCAUCCUGCUUUUUGCAAUAAUUAUUGCCCCUUUUGGACUUAGAAAAUCAUUUUCUUGGUUGAGUAUUAUGUUUAAGUCAACUUUUCUCAUAAACUAUCAAAGCUAUUGCUUUAAAACUUGCAACAGUUUUUCACCAUCAUAAGUGGACACUGUACAUCAAGAAACAUAACUCUAUCCUGCUUUUUGCAAGAAUGAUGGCCCUUUUUAGACUUAGAAAAUCAUGGGUAGGACAAUAUUUCUAUUACACAAAAAAAAUCAGAUGAGCGUCAGCACCCGCAAGGCGGUGCUCUUGUUCAAACAACUUAUCAGGCAGACAAAAUAUGACCUACAUUUGUUUAAAUCCCUUUGUAUUCAAUAUACAAUAUGCACGCUUUUCUCAUGACUUACACUGAUAGUUAUUUUGUAAGUUGUAGUGAGGCCCUGAUAGAAAGUUUAGUAAUGCAUGAAGAUUAUAUAGAAUAAUGCAUACAUUCCUUUGAAGAAAAUUAACGACAUUAAGAAACGUUAUUAAGUUUUGAUCUUUUAGCCAAAGUUGUUUAUUUAUUGUUCUCAAUGGUGAUACAUUGGCUUACACAACAUUUAUAUAUCAAAAUGUAAAAUGUAUAUAUCCAACAAUGAGAAAUAACGAAAAAAGUUAAAUUGGUAACACAAAAAUUCAUUGUCGUCAAAUAUAAUUACAAUGUUUUAAGGUAGUGGUUGUAAUUACUUCAUGUUAAGGUAGCUGACAGGUAAUGAUGACUCUAUGUAAUGUAUUUUAAGCAAUUCUCAAUUUAAACAUUCUCUGGAGGGAACUAGCACGAUCAUUUGCUUUCCUUGAAAAACGAAUAAAUGCUGAAAAAGCAUAUGGAGAUUACUCUAUUUGAUGAUUUUCGUUACAUGUCAGCUACCCUAAACAAACUAAAAGGUGUUUUAUUUAUUGUUGAAAACAAAGUAAUCGGAUAAUUUCAGAUAUCAACAUUAAUUUAAAACUUAUACUGUUUACACAACUUGAAAAAAAGGUUUUUGUUGGGGCCUCUCAUUUACAAAUAUAUCAACAAUUAUCCCCUGAAUUGAGUGCAUUCAUGAGUGGAAAAUAGUGAUGGUAAAAUGGUGUAGGGGUUUGUUUACAAUAUAAAAUCUUUAAUAACUUCUUUAAGGUACAUUUUUGGUAUGGUUUUGGUAAGCUUAUAAUAAAGAACAUGUCAUUCUCUUCCACUCAGCAUUUUUUCAAGUGUUUCAGACUCUUGGCUAGUCUUGGAAUUUGACUUUAUUAAAAGACAAAAGGAAGUUCAAUAUAGGCUCUUUCAAAAUGUUGAAAGUAGAGUAAACUUACCUUAUACUCUAUUGAAUUUAUUUGGCUUUGGGAGCUUUUGAUAUAGACUAUAAUUGGGGAAGUCCUAAAAUCUUUGAAAAACGGUCAAUACAAGAGUUGUCCAUUUUGCUUCAGAUAUUUUGAGAAAGUCAUUUUUUAGAUAUCAAAUAUUUCUAUUUUUGACAUGGAGAAGAGGAAAACCAUAAAUAUAUUUAGAAAAUUGGUGCACUUAGCUAUCAUUUCACUCUAAAAAAAACUAUAAAGAUGAAUUUGAAUUUUUUAGGUACCAUCUCUAAAUGAACGCCUUUUGUCAGUUCUAAUCCUCAGGACCUGUCCGUGUUAUAUCAGUGCAAUGGAAAAGUAAGCUAUCAAUGUUACCUGCUUAGUGCUAUACAUGAUAACACAUUAGGCCCCUAAUGCAUCUAACAGUCAUGAAAUUGUUUUCUUUGACUUUCUUAUAUUUUUUUUAGCUCAUCUGAUUUUUUGAAAAAAAAUGAUGAGUUAUUGUCAUCACUUGAGCGGUUGUCGGCGUCGGCGUUGGCGUCGGCGUUGCCUGGUUAAGUUUUAUGUUUAGGUCAGCUUUUCUCCUAAACUAUCAAAGCUAUUGCUUUGAAACUUGGAAUACUUGUUCACCAUCAUAAGCUGACCCUGUAUAGCAAGAAACAUAACUCCAUCUUGCUUUUUGCAAGAUUUAUGGCCCCUUUUGUACUUAGAAAAUAUCAGAUUUCUUGGUUAAGUUUUAUGUUUAGGUCAACUUUUCUCCCAAACUAUCAAAGCUAUUGCUUUGAAACUUGGAAUACUUGUUCACCAUCAUAAGCAGACCCUGUACAUCAAGAAACAUAACUCCAUUUUGCUUUUUGCAAGAUUUAUUGCCCCUUUUGGACUUAGAAAAUCAGUUUUCUUGGUUAAGUUUUAUGUUUAGGUCAGCUUUUAUCCUAAACUAUCAAAGCUAUCGCCUUUAAACUUGCAACACUUGUUCACCAUCAUAAGUUGACCCUGUACAGCAAGAAACAUAACUCUGUCCUGCUUUUUGCAAGAUUUAUGGCCCCUUUUGGACUUAGAAAAUAUCAGAUUUCUUGGUUAAGUUUUAUGUUUAGGUCAACUUUUUCUCUUAAACUAUCAAAGCUAUUGCUUUGAAACUUGCAACACUUCUUCACCAUCAUAAGCUGACCCUGUACAGCAAGCAGCGUAACUCCAUCCUGCUUUUUGCAAUAAUUAUUGCCCCUUUUGGACUUAGAAAAUCAUUUUCUUGGUUGAGUAUUAUGUUUAAGUCAACUUUUCUCAUAAACUAUCAAAGCUAUUUCUUUAAAACUUGCAACAGUUUUUCACCAUCAUAAGUGGACACUGAACAUCAAGAAACAUAACUCUAUCCUGCUUUUUGCAAGAAUGAUGGCCCUUUUUAGACUUAGAAAAUCAUGGGUAGGACAAUAUUUCUAUUACACAAAAAAAAUCAGAUGAGCGUCAGCACCCGCAAGGCGGUGCUCUUGUUUUAGAAAUGCUUGACUAGUAUUUUUUGUAAACGUUAAGUAAGAAUAAUGUUUUUGUCAGGAGCGUAGCAGCAUCCAAAAAAUAAGUGUUGUAACUGGUGUUUGAAAUUUGAGCUGUGGAAUCUCCUGAAAAAAAAUACAUAUUACAGUGGGUGAGAUUAUAAGAUUUUAAAACGAAGGGAUGGGAAGUUUAAAAGCCUGACUAUUGUUGGGCAUACCAAGGCAGUUUUGAGACUGUCAAACCUGAUACGCAAACCUUUUGUUGUUUACUUGCUUUGGUAAAUUAUAGUGAAUAACCACCAUGAAUGGUUUCAUAAUUAGGCCAUACCAAGUUUAUCUUAUGUUUAGUGUCACAAUUACAACCUUCUAGGGAAAAACAGACUUUUGAUAGUCAUGGUGAUUUUCUCAAACAGCUUUAAUUUUAUUCUAAAUUAUGGACAUUGGUAAUUGAGGAUUUUAUACAUCAUUUAAAUGUUUGUAGAUAUAAUGCAUUAGUGAAAUGUAGUUUUUGAACGUCAAUAUUAUGAUUAUUAAACUUGUUACAAGACAGAUAUUUUGGAUAGUUUUCACCAAUUAUUACCUUUAUUGAAACACCAUAAGCAUAAUGAUAUAGUUGGUGUGGCCUUACCUUAUUGUUGUCUCACUAGUUGUCAUCUUUUGUGAUGUUUUCAUUAGUCAGUGUUUUGUAAUAUUCAUUGUUCAUAAAGAUAUUGCUCAUUUUCAUGUUAAAGUUUUAUAAAAAAAACCAAUGUUAUUUUAUUUUCAUUUAGAUUCCUUUUAUACAAUAACAUAUCACACUUUUACAAUAACAUAUCACUUGUUUUUACAAUAACAUAUCAUUUUGUGGCAUUGUAUAUAGAUCUAUAAAUGUAUUUUUUGUCAUUCCAUAGAAUGGUGUGAACAUUAAAGUUACUUUUGAUUGUUCUAAAUGUAAGUUUUUCAUUAAGACAUUUUUCAUUAUACGCUCUCUUCUGAGCACAAAAUGCUCGGGAUGAGCUGUUGCGACCACUCAGCUUCUGGUGUCUGGGCAUCAGAUAACUAUUUUCUUCAAACAACUUCCUUUGAAACCAUAUGAUAGAAGUUGAUGAAGCUUGGCAUGGAUGUUCCUUAGGGUGGUCCUAUUCUAAAGUUUGUUCAGGUGGCUCAAAAAACUCUUUACAAAAAUUGUUACCUAUUUGAGGUGUGAAUCUUGGGGGAACAAUCUGGGGCCAUGACUCUCUUGUAUUCUAUUUCUUCAUGUAUCUAAGUUUUCCUCCUGUGUAUUUUGUUUUUUCCUAGAUUUUUUCAUCAUUGGUAUUUUGAAAUAUUUAAUUGUUCUAUGUUUUAUGGCAGACAUUUUGAAAUGCUAUAAAAUUAUUUUAUUGGGCAUAAAAGCUAGUGGAUUUGCCCAAUGGGUCUAUUUUGUGGGGACAUUUAUUCUUGAAUCUCAGAUUUUCAAGAUAGUAAUUAGGAUUUUGUUUGUUUGGUGAAAUUUAAUUUAUUUGAUCUGUCAACCAUAAAAUCCACAAAAAAUUGUCUAACCAAAAUGGUUUCGAUAUAUGGUCUUGAAUAAGGUGUGAGGUGGCCUCUUUCACUUAAAUGUGCAGUCUGUGUUACAUUUUGGUUAAGGUAACCUAUAACAUAUCAGUUGUUCCUCACAAAUGCUUAUUUUAUCUGCAUAGUAUCAAAGUUAUUCAUGUGAGGAAACCAUCCAAGUGUGGUUUUGGGAGAUCUUUACUUUUAACCAGUUAUUCCAUAACUGAAGUAAUUCCCAGACAAGAACCUACAAUAUACAUUAAAAUCCAUUAAAGCUUGCAAGUUACCAUAUGACUCCAGUGUUAGAAAACUAUUAUUUGAGACCAGUCUUAGAUCCAUUUCAAAAUUAUGCUCAGAAACAACCGGUGAGAUUGAGGAGUUUGAGACUAGAGGGUGGUGGAUGUGUGCACCUGGAGUGCGCCUCCUCUAUAAUAGAUUACUUUAACAUUUAACAAGGCCUCAGAAUGAAGAUUUAAUCCAUUUUUCUAGAAGAAUUAUAUGCUUGCAAACUGUUUUAUACAUUUAGUAAUAGCAUUAUUAUCAUGGAACCAAGACAAGGGAGUUGCCAAUGUAUUCAAUGACAUAAGGUUGCGUCUGCUUAUUUUUUUCUAUGGAGAUUUUAUUAUGUAUAUGUACAAUGUACCCUGUAAAGUACAAAAAAGAAUGUUGUGAGUUAUAAGCAUCUGGAUGCUUUUAAAAUGAUGGACAGGUUUUAAAAAAGUGUUACAAAUUGAAUUUUUUGUAAUUAUAACUUUUUCUCUCAAAAUGUGAACAAACACAAGAAAUUUUUGUGACAUUAUUGGACUUUCUAAAUAUGCUUUCACUCUGUAAGUGUUAAAAGGGAAAAAAAUUCUCCUGAGUUUUCUCUUCUUCAACAAUUACACUCUCUGCAUGUAUUACCUUGCCUGGUGGAUCUGCAUUGUCUCCCCUGGUAGAUCUGCAUUGUCUCCCCUGAUAGUUCAGUAAUUUUUGUAUUGUUGCUCAGAAUACUCAAGUUACAGUGUACUUAUAAACAGAGUUUUAUUUAUAGCAUUGUGUAGUAUUUUAUAGAUGUUUUAAACAUUGUAUAUAUUAUUUUUAUCUUGUUUGUUAGAUAUGUUUUUAAUGUAUAAAAAGUGUUAGAUAUUUGUUGAAACAUUUAUCAUCACAAUGGACAGAUAUUAUGUUUGGGAACUGGGUCUUAAGGGUUACAAUAUUUGAAUGUACAUGUAUCUGGUUUCAGUUCUACAACACUACUCAUAAAGAGUAAGACUGUGAUUACAUCAUAAGAACUUGGGUGUUUUUCAGAGACUCUCUGAGGAGAAUGUCUGAUGGUGUGAGGAUGUUAACAGGGUGGGGUCGAGUUAUCCAGUGACUAAAAGAAUCUAUUUACUGCUAACGCCUGACAGUGUUGUAAAAAUAUAUUUUAUUUUGAAUAAUUGUAUUUUGUUAUAAAAUUGUUACUAAUUUGUUAAUACUUUAUUACUUAUUGGAAGCUCACAGUAAAGAAAUAUAUUUGUACUAAAUUGUUUUGAUACUCAGACAUGUACAUGUUCAAGUUACCAGAACCAGACAUAAUAUGAAAUAUUUUGGAUAUUCUGAAUUAUGUAACUGCUGACAUUCUUGAUAUAUUGUCCGUCCUUGAUUAUCUAAGUCAAGAUCUGAUAUAUCACCUGUUUUUGCUCUGUUGUGUGAUCAAUUAAAAUGGUUGUUUUUAUCUUCUCUGAAGCUAUUGGUACACCAGUAUUUACACCAAAGUUCCUGGAUUUUCAGUGGAAAAACAUGCAAAAUGCCCACAUUCCUUUUAGGCAAGUAAUUGAGGCUGUGAUUGAAAUUUUAAAUUAUCAAUUUAGAUAGUUAGAAAUCGUAAUGGUGCUAAAAAGGUAUUGUAAAAUUGUUUAUACAUAUGUAUUGUGGGUCUCAAAACUUUAAGUUUCUUUGUUCUAACUGUGAAAUUUACAAGAAUUCUAGUAAGAAGGAAAGCAUGAAUAACUACUUCCAUGGGAUUUGAAUAUGCCUGUACCAGUAUCUUUAAUGGCUAAAUAAUGUUUAUAUGCCACCUGUCACAAUGAAAGACACAGGAGGCGUAUAGUGUUUGAACAGUUGUCUGUCUGUCAGUCCGUCUACACACAAAGGUAAGUAGUAAAAUGGUUAUGUGUACAAUAUAUAUUGGUAAAUGCUACUGCUGUAUUCAUUCUGUUGAUUUUAAGUGGCUGAAGUCUAAGUGACUAAAGUCUAAAUGGCUAUAAUUCACAAAGUAAAGAAACAAAAACAAAAUAUUAGCCAAAUAACAACUCUCCUAUAAAGAUGUCCUACAUACAAUCUGGUGAACAAACUUGAUGAAGUGGAAAUGCUCACAUUGAAGGAACUUUCAUGUCUGAUUAUUUUCUUUCUGGUGUUUUGGCCCUUUCUGGGCUGUGAAAUGUUACUACUAUGUCUGUAGCUUGUCUGUCCAGUGUGAUACCAUUUGUAACCCAUUCAAAUGAUAUUAUAAAUGUCAACAAUAUCAAUUAGCAAUGUGCAUUUAGUCUCGAGUUUUAUGUCCAAUACUUUUUUAGCUAUGCUUCUUUAUUAUGUCUCCCCCAGGAGACAUAUUGUUUUUGCCCUGUCCGUCCGUCCGUCCGUACGUCACACUUCAUUUCCGAGCAAUAACUGGAGAACCAUUUGACCUAGAACCUUCAAACUUCAUAGGAUUGUAGGGCUGCUGGAGUAGACGACCCCUAUUUUUUUGGGGUCACUCCGUCAAAGUUCAAGGUCACAGGGGCCUGAACAUUGAAAACCAUUUCCGAUCAAUAACUAGAGAACCACUUGUCCCAGAAUGUUGAAACUUCACAGGAUGAUUGGUCAUAAAGAGUAGAUGACCCCUAUUGAUUUUGGGGUCAAUCCAUCAAAGGUCAAGGUCACAGGGGCCUGAACAUGGAAAACCAUUUCCGAUCAAUAGCUAGAGAACCACUUGACCCAGAAUGUUGAAACUUCAUAGGAUGAUUGGUCAGGAAGAGUAGAUGACCCCUAUUGAUUUUGGGGUCACUCCAUCAAAGGUCAAGGUCACAGGGACCUGAACAUGUAAAACCAUUUCCGAUCAAUAACUAGAGAACCACUUGACCCAGAAUGUUGAAACUUCAUAGGAUGAUUGUACUUGCAAAUUAGAUGACCCCAAUAUAGGUAUGGGUCAGUCCAUUAAAGGUCAAGGUCACAGGGGCCUGACGAUUGAAAACCAUUUCCGGUCAGUAACUUGAGAACCACUUGACCCAGAAUGUUGAAACUUAAUAGGAUGAUUGGUCAUGCAGAGUAGAUGACCCCUAACAAUUUUGGGGUCACUCUGUGAAAGGUCAAGGUCACAGGGGCCUGAACAUUGAAAACCAUUUCUGGUCAGUAACUUGAGAACCACUUGACCCAGAAUGAUGAAACUUCAUAGGAUGAUUAGUCAUGCAGAGUAGAUGACCCCUGUUGUUUUUGGGGUCACUCUGUUAAAGGUCAAGGUCACAGGGGCCUGAACAUUGAUAACCUGUUCCGAUCAAUAACUUGAGAACCACUUGACCCAGAAGGUUGAAACUUCAUAGGAUGAUUGAACAUGCAGAGUAGAUGACCCCUGUUGAUUUUGGGGUCAGUUUAUUAAAGAUCAAGGUCACAGUGGCCUGUUCAUGUAAAAUCAUUUUUUGGAAAUAACUUGAGAACCACUUGACCUACAAUGUUGAAACUCAAUAGGAUGAUUGGACAUGCAGAGUAGAUGACCCCUAUUUAUUUUGAGGUCACUUGAUCAAAGGUCAAGGUCACAGAAGCAUGAACAGUGACUUGAGAACCACUAGGCCAAGAGUGUUGAAAUUUAGCGGGAUGACUGGACAUGCCAAGUAGAUAAUCCCUAUUGCAGCCAACCAUCAGUGUCUCUUUGACUUUUGCUCCUGACCCCUUUUGACUUCUUGCCUAUAGGACUUUGCAUUGGGGGAGACAUGCACUUUUUUACAAAAGCAUUUUCUAGUUUCUGAUACUUUUAUUCUAUCAGACAUUUUCAGGGAGCAUGCGUUAUACAAUGUUGACAUCAUUCUUGUUUGCAAAGUGUUUUUGUCUUUAUAAUUUUUCAGUGUUUUGUACAAUACACAUUGCAAUAAAUGUAGUUUUGUUUCA